AUGCAAGAUCUGGGAUACCCACCCACCUCCCAAGAAAAGAAAAAAAAAUAAAAUAAAAUCUCCCCUUCCGCUAUUGCUUUCUCUCUCCUUUCUCCAUAGAGAUGAAACGCUGCAUCUCCAACUCGGCCGCAAAAUGUCCAGCAGCGCUUCUACCGCUGCCGCCGCCUCCACCGGCAGCGGUAGCGGUGGUGGUAGUGAAAGUUCCGGUUACUUCCUUAGGAACCUCACGAGUCUAGGCCUCGGCUACGCUAUUGCCAUCGCUCUAGGGUUUCUUGUCCUCCUCUCUACUGUACUUCUCGCCUCCUACGUUUGUUGCCGCACCCGUUCCCGUUCUCGUUCUCCAAACCCAGGUAGCUCAGACUCUAACUCGGACUCCUCAAUUGUUAACGGUGUCAUCCUCCCACGCAUUAUAUUCGUUGCCGAAGAGGACGAUGGCGGUGGAGACGAGGAGAAUGUUGUUGGGCUCGAUCAAAUGGUAAUCAAUUCGUACCCAAAGUUUCCGUUUUGCAAGUCGAGAGAUCGUGGGAGUGGGGAUUCCAUGUGUUCGAUAUGUCUUUGUGAUUACAAGGACGGGGAGAUGCUGAGGAUGAUGCCCGAUUGUCGACAUUUCUUUCACCUCUGUUGCAUCGAUGCUUGGUUGAGGCUUAAUGCUUCUUGCCCUGUUUGUCGCAAUUCGCCGUUACCCACUCCAUUAUCGACCCCAUUGUCGGAGCUAGUGCCGUUAUCGCGGUAUCCAGGUGAUCGGAGGAGGUGAUGCUUUGUCCCUGCUCUGCGUUAUUUUGUUGUUCUUGACUUUUUCUGUAAAUUUUGAUGUAGCAAAGUUCUUGGGCUGUUAGAAAAAUUAAAGCUUUUUUGGGUUUCCUUCAUUUGUUUCUGUGGAUGGGUUUAUGUUUGAUCUGAUAAUGAUCUGAGGCCAUGGGUACCAAUGUAUGUUGCGCUUAGUUAGGGUUUAGAAUUGAUUAGUAAAGAAUGAAAGAAAGAUUAAAUUCAUGUUCU